GUAGAAAAUUUUACUCCGUAACCCGUAAUUUGUAAUCAAAUUAAGGAGGGAAGGAGUAGUUUUUACUGUGAAAUGAGCCCGUUAGACCGAAAACGAGUUUAAAAGACUGAAAUGGCCAAGGCAACAAUAUUGAAACCCCAGAUCAUCUGGAACCAUCUAGAUCCCCAUCCAUGGCUGCGGCGGCGGCCGACCAUCAUCGCCUACGCGAGAAAUACGGUAACUAGCAGAACAAUUGUUCCUCAUCGUCGUCCUUCCUUAAUACCUCUCCGCCUUUGCCUUCCUCUCCUUCUCAGAUUUCGCGAACUUCCUCUGUCAUCUCCCAUGUCCACCGACGCCGCCGCCUCCGCCUCUCCUCCCUCCUCCGAUAUCACAACUAUUAGAGCUGUGAUAAAGGGGAGGGUGCAGGGUGUGUUCUACAGAGACUGGACAGUGGAGAAUGCAAAGGAGUUGGGGCUGAAAGGGUGGGUCAGGAACCGGAGGGAUGGAAUGGUCGAAGCCCUGUUUUCAGGGAGCCGCGAGAAGGUUCUGGAAAUGAAAGAGCGGUGCAGGCGGGGACCACCGGACGCGGCGGUCACCGGGAUCGACGUUCUCUCCCCCCGCAGUGAUGAUCCCGCCGGGGUUGGUGAGUUUGAGCGCCGGCCAACCGUUUGAUGACUGGAUGGUUUUUUUUUUUUAUGCAGGCAAUUUUGAUCAUACCAGUGUAACGCAAUCCAACAAAUCAUAAUAAUGUUUGGAUGAAUUCCUCAAUCCUGCUGAGAGCAAGAUUGAUUUGUUUUGUACUGGGUAGAUAUGAAUUAUAUCUGCAGCAUGUAUUGUUUCUUAAUAAUCUGCAUUUAUCUGA